UGGGUGACCCAGCCUCACGUGACAGGGUCGCUGUAGAUUCUGCUGGUCUGUCAUUUCGGCUGUGCUCCGCACCUAACCGCGACUUUGUGACCGUUUCCACCCUCGGGACGAGCUUUGAUGGGCAUUUUUUAAGACCGACCCCAUUUUGUUUUACUUUCGCGCGGCAGAGGAGGGAGGUAAACCGGAAGAGCGGCACCACCCUCCGAGCUAACGGUCCGCGAAGUCAAGUGCGACAAGAAAACCCACCUGUGCUGCGACAUCCGCGGCGCUUCGCGGGGACCUUUUUUUUUAAAUUUAUUUAUGUAAUUUCUGCUCUCGUUUUUGUCUUCUUUCGACGGAAGAGAGAAACCUUGACUUGAAAGAUGAGCUUCGUCGCGGUUUUCAUCGUCUUCUUCUUCUUCGCGGUUUCAGGUCGACUUGAGGCCGUGACCCUGGAGGUGAAGGAGGGAAACUCCACCUGCAUCAAAGCUGAGCUGUCUGCGUCUCUCUCCAUCACAUACCUCACCUCCAACAGCUCCAAAACGGUUUCGGUCCUGCUGCCCGACUCCGCCCUGGUCGAUGCGGCCAACAGCUCGUGUGGCACAAACAGCAGCUCGCCGCAGCUGGUGGCGCUGUUUGGACCGGGCCACGGGAUCGGCCUGAGCUUCUCCACCAACGGAAGCGUCUACAGCGUCACGGAGUUGACUCUGAGUUACAACCUGAGCGACGCGUCACUCUUCCCAGAGGCCGAACUCUCAGGUGUGGUUGCUUUGACGAACGACUCCGUUGAGAUCCGAGCGCCGAUCAACACCACCUACCGCUGUAUGAGUCCCACCACCAUCAGAGUCAGAGAAGACUCUGUCACUUUCUCCAACAUGAGGCUGGAGGCCUAUAUGCCCGGGAACGACCUGAGUCCAGCAGAAAGUGUCUGUGCAGCAGAUCAAACCACCACACCAGCUACUCCAACCACCGCCGCCACUACAACCACGGCAGCUCCCGCACCAACUCCACCAGGAACACCCGUGCGCGGCACCUACUCCGUGAAGAACAGCAACGGCACUGAAUGCCUCUUGGCCCAAAUGGGACUGCAGCUCAACGUCUCCUACGUCUCUCAGUCUCAGAACAAGACUGUCCAAGAAUUAUUUAACCUGACUCCCAAUCUGACGAGUUCUUCAGGAUCGUGCGGAGCUAGCAGAGCCUCGCUGGUGCUCACGCAAGAACCAACUUUGACGCUCAACUUCACCUUCACUAUGAACACAACAUCCAACAAGUACCACCUGAGUGGGAUCGACCUGCAGGCCAACUGGUCCGACACGACGGCUCCCUUCUCGGCCAGUAACACCAGUUUGGACUUCCUGCGAAGCACGCUGGGCCGCUCUUACAUGUGCAACGCGGAGCAAACCCUGCAGGUGGUGCCGACCUUCGCUCUCAACACCUUCAGACUGCAGGUGCAGCCGUUUGGCGUCACAACGAAGCAGUUUGCCACAGCGGAGGAAUGUCAGGUGGACCAGGACCAGAUGUUGAUCCCCAUCGUUGUCGGAGCGGCUCUCGCUGGCCUGGUGCUGAUCGUCCUCAUCGCGUAUCUGAUCGGCCGGAAGAGGAGCCACGCUGGAUACCAGACCUUCUGAGUAGAUCGAACAGACUGAAGGGUGGAGGAAGGAAAAGACGGUGGACAAACCUGAAGCAGUUCUCUUUUACGAGAGACCUCUGGAUUUAUAUCUUUUCACUUCAUCUGAGGACGAUAAAAAGUUAAAACACCUGCAGACUUUAAAUGACGAGAAUCACAAUAAAUCAAAGAUGGCGGUCAAGGGUUCCACCGAACCCCUUUUUCAGUUCUAGACGUAAUUUGCUUGAGUUGCUGCUUCAUUUUAGUCGCGAUUAUUGGGGCGAUUAACGACGAAACAUUUUAACGUUUCAAAAUAAUAUUUUAAAUUAUGCAGUUUUCUUGUCUUAACGGUGUUUCUUCAUGAGUUUAUGAUUGUCCUGUGAAAAGGGAAAAACUCUGAAUGUGUCUCUUCUACAACAAAGACCAGCCAAGGGAUUUUUCAACUCGGUCCAAGUUUCUUCCUGAGCGUAAAGUACAGACGUCUUCGCAGACCCACAGAGAGCAGCUAAAUGUACAUUUUUGAUCAAAAUGCUAAUGAUUGGCUGGAACUGUUAAAGAUGUGACUACAGAAUUAAAAGGCUUCCUUUUUCUUCUGGA